UUCUCCCUGGGCCCAAAUUUUCUUAACAUAGCCUACUGCAUACAGACAACCUUGGAAAUGCAUGUCUUACAAGUUUUUUCGUGACCGGUACAUGGGACCAUGCAAAGUUACAACAGGCAUUGAAAGCUUAUCAAAAUGCUGAGAAGGAUGCACUGAUGCACUCUAAUCCUGACCUUUAUUUCAAUUGUGCUUCUGCAAAUAAGUAUCUCGAAAACUAUGAAAGGGCCCUCCAUGGGUUUGAAGCUGCCUCUUUAAGGGAUCCUGGCCUCAAUGCUGAAAGUGAAGCUCAAAAGAUAGUUAGCCUUCUGGAAAAAAUAGAGAGUUCUAUGAAGGUGAUGACUAGAGCUAAACGAUUAGCAUCACUAGUAUCAAGCUUAGAUGAAAUUAGUUUGAAAUCAUCACACAGAAAAGUUAGCAUUAAUACUUUAAAGGAGGGGCUCAACAAAGCGGUUGCAGUAAUUGGGAAAAUACUACUCUUCAUCAAGCAUGAGGAUAUUGCCCCAUUGUACUAUAUAAUGUGCGAGUCAGAUCAAACUUGUUCUGUCCUGUCAGUAUAUGGACUUCAUAGUGAUGCUAUUAAAGAAGGAGAUCGAGUAACACUGCCAGAGCCACAUUACCGAGUGAUGGAUUUUUCAUGGAAAGGCAAGCAUUAUCAUUUCCAAUCUAUUCGCGUUGAUUUUGUGGAGCAAAUCCUUGUUAACGAUAAGACACCAGCUUCUCAUCAUGUCAUGCGGGCUAGCAUACAGGCACAUCAUAAAGCUUGAUAACUUUGAUACUACAUCCCACUGCAAAUUCUUGCUCACCGAGCAUGGCUUGUAACUUGUGUAAAAUUUGCAGCCUAUAAAUUUUUUCUCUUGUCCAAAGUGGAUAUCUUAAUAUUAACACCAUAGAGGAUGAAGCCAGGAUUUUCUUGGUUUUUUUUUCCAAAAAAAAAGAAAGAAAGAAUGGCAAGCAAGAUUCUGUUGUUAGAUAGUAUGUUAAUAGUAGUUCUAAAUACA